AUUUGCAAUUAUUGCGUUGGCCAUGUGCUUCGGCGUCUCCACCAUCUUCAUUGCCAUCUUCCUCCUCGGCUCUGCUGCACUUCGCAUUCGGGAAUUCAUCCAAAAAAGGUGAGUUCCUGCGUGAGCGUACGCCCAUGCACCUGCUUUUUUGCUUGCCGUGCUCUGUUUUUUUUCUGCGGUCUUUUCCUUGCCGCGUCUCCUUUGAGUGGCCUUAG